CUGCGUGCGUUCGUCCGCCCGGGCGUGGGGUGGGGGCGAUCCGGACUCGGGGCGGGGCUCUAGGGGUUGAUCCUGGACUCCGUGGCCACGGGCUGGCAGGGUCUGCGCCUCCUGGACACGAUUGGAGCUGCCUCCGCCCCCGGAUGGUCUGGGAGGGUGGGCGGAGCCAUCUGGAGCCCGCGCGGGUCGCGCCCGCAGCCCGCUUCGGCGCCGGCAGUCCCCGGCCGCAGAGCGCGACGCUCCCCCGGAGCUGCGGCUGCCAGGUCUGGGGUCCUGAGUCCCCUGACAGACUAUGGGUACAACCGCAAGCACAGCACAGCAGUCAGUCUCGGCGGGCACGUCCUUGGAGGGCCUGCAGGGCGGCAGCAGCAGCAGCAGCAGCAUGGACGGCCAGCAUUCUCUCAGCGUGCAGUCCUUCCAUGCCACAAGUUUACACAACAGCAAGGCCAAGUCCAUCAUCCCCAACAAGGUGGCCCCAGUUGUGAUCACGUACAACUGCAAGGAGGAGUUCCAGAUCCAUGAUGAGCUGCUUAAGGCCCACUACAGGAUGGGCCGGCUCUCAGAUGCCACCCCCGAGCACUACCUGGUACAGGGUCGCUAUUUCCUGGUGCGUGACAUCACUGAGAAGAUGGACAUACUGGGCACCUUGGAGAGCUGUGGGGCUCCCAACUUCCGGCAGGUGCGGGGUGGCCUCCCAGUGUUUGGCAUGGGACAGCCCAGCCUCCUGGGGUUCAGGAGGCUCCUGCAGAAACUCCAGAAGGAUGGGCUCAAGGAGUGCAUCAUUUUCUGUGUACGGGAGGAGCCUGUGGUGUUCUUGCGAGCUGAAGAAGACUUUGUAUCUUACACACCUCGAGACAAGGAGAACCUGCACGAGAACCUCAGGGACCCUGGGCCGGGGGUCAAGGCUGAGAAUCUGGAGCUGGCUAUCCGGAAAGAGAUCCAUGACUUCGCGCAACUGAGAGAGAACGUGUACCACGUGUACCACAACACAGAGGACCUGCGCGGGGAGCCGCACACCGUGGCCAUCCGAGGUGAGGAUGGUGUGCGCGUGACCGAGGAGGUGUUUAAGCGGCCGCUCUUCCUGCAGCCCACCUACAGAUACCACCGUCUCCCCUUGCCAGAGCAAGGGGCCCCCCCGGAAGCCCAGUUUGAUGCCUUUGUCAGUGUACUUCGGGAGACCCCCAGCCUUCUGCCGCUCAGAGGUAAUCAGGGGCCUCUCCCUGCCCUCCUGUUCAGCUGCCAGUCAGGUGUGGGCAGGACCAACCUAGGCAUGGUCCUGGGUACCCUCGUCAUGUUCCACUACAGUAGAACCACCUCCCAGCUAGAGGCAGCCUCCCUGCUGACCAAACCCCUGCCCAUGGAGCAGUUUCAGGUGAUCCAGGGCUUCAUGUGCAAAGUGCCCCAGGGGAAGAAAAUGGUGGAAGAGGUGGAUCGAGCAAUCAGUGCCUGUGCUGAGUUGUAUGACCUGAAGGAAGAGGUCCUUAAAAACCAGAGGAAGAUGGAAGGCUUCAGGCCAGAGAGCUUGGAGCAGGAAUGUGGUAGUCAGCAUGCUGUCCAGCAGAGGGCGCUGUGGAGCCUGGAGCUGUACUUCUAUCUGAUCCUAUUUAACUACUAUCUGCAUGAGCAGUAUCCCCUGGCCUUUGCCCUCAGUUUCAGUCGAUGGCUGUGUACCCAUCCUGAGCUGUACCGUCUGCCGGUGGCGCUAAAUUCAGCGGGGCCCUUGGUCCCUGGGGACCUCAUCGCCAAGGGCUCCCUGGAAGCAGAUGAUCUUGUGUCCCUGGAUGCGCUCAGCACCAUCAGAGAGAUGGAUGUAGCCAACUUCCGGCGUGUACCUCGCAUGCCUAUCUAUGGCACUGCCCAGCCCAGUGCCAAGGCCCUCGGCAACAUCCUGGCCUACCUGUCUGAUGCCAAGAGGAAGCUACAACAGGUGGUCUGGAUCAACCUGAGGGAGGAGGUUGUGUUGGAGUGUGACGGUCACAUGCACAGCCUGUGGCCCCCGGGACCAGCCCUGAGCCCCGAGCAGCUGGAGGCUCUGGAGGCCCAGCUGAAGGCCCACCUGAGUGCUCCAGUCCCCAACACCAAGAGCCCUACCACCCCCAGGUUCCAGAAGUGCCUGACCACACAAGAGGUCUUCAGCCAGCACCAGGGAACCUGCCUGGGCCUUACCUACUGCCGUAUUCCUGUGCCAGACUUCUGCGCUCCUCGGGAGGAGGACUUUGACCGGCUGCUUGAGGCCCUGCGAGCUGCUCUCACCAAGGACCCAGGCACAGGCUUUGUCUUCAGCUGCCUCAGCGGUCAGGGCCGGACCACAACUGCCAUGGUGGUGGCCGUGCUGGCCUGCUGGCACAUUAGGGGCUGCCCCGAGGUGGGCGAAGAGGAGCUAGUGAGCGUGCCUGACGCCAAGUUCACCAAGGGCGAGUUUCAGGUGGUGAUGAAGGUGGUACAGCUGCUGCCCGACGGCCACCACGUGAAGAAGGAGGUGGAUGCGGCGUUGGACACUGUCAGCGAGACCAUGACACCUAUGCACUACCACCUUCGGGAGAUUAUCAUAUCCACCUACCGACAGGCAAAGGCCACCAAAGAGGCACAGGAGGCUCAGAGGUUGCAGCUGCGGAGCCUGCAGUACCUGGAGCGCUAUAUCUAUCUGAUCCUCUUCAAUGCCUACCUUCGCCUGGAGAAGGCCUGCUCCUGGCAGAGGCCUUUCAGCACCUGGAUGCGGGAGGUGGCAACCAAAGCUGGCAUCUACGACAUCCUCAACCAGCUGGGGUUCCCUGAGCUGGAAAGCAUGGAGGACCAGCCCCUGUCAAGGCUCCGCCACCGCUGGCAGGAGCAGAGCCGAGACCCAGAGCCCUGUGAUGUUGGGGACUUCCUGUAGGCCUUCUUCCUGCUCCUUGCCAGGCAGGUUGGGGGACCCGAAGGUCUCACUGCUUCAGACGGACACUUGCCAGCUUCCUGGUGAGACUUGAGGCUGAGAGCCUUUGGAAAGAGGUUUUUUUUUUGUAGGAUGUAUAGAUGGCGCUGACAUUUUCUGUUAGCUCUGGGCGUGCAUAAUGGCCUCUGGCAAGGCCCAGUGCAUGUGCCUCACAGACCAGCUCACUCCCCAAACAGCCUUCAGGGAGCUUGCUCCCCGAACAGCCAGUCACCACCCCUGUCCUCUCUUCACUGUUGGUUGUCAGAAAGCCUGGGUGGGCAGGCCGGUCGCAUUUGUAUUUUUCACUUCCUUCCUCUGACUGGCUUGUUCUUGCCGCUCAGUCUUUCAGCCCAAGCAGCUGCCUGAGGUAGGUGAGGAGGGUGGCGAGCCGGGCAGACCCAUGUUCAAGGCAGCUCUGCCCCGCUCCUUCUGGCUCGUGAGUGUCGCCAGCCUGGAAGACUAAGGGGAUGGCCUUCACUCCUACCCAUCUUUUCCCCCAGUUCCUUCCCUAAGCUGGCCGAUGUGCCCAGGGCGUUGGAAACAUCAGGGAGAUGCUCUCAGUGUGGGGAAAGAACUCACAAAGGCCAUUGAGACAGUGAAGAGGCCGAAUGGUGCCUGUUAGCGGGAUCAAGGCGACUCUCGGGAAAGACUCUUGUGGACAUAGGCUGUGGUGGCGUGUGUGUGUCAGGCUUUAGAGUCCAGGCCCACCCCUGCCAGCAUCCCUGAGCUGCUUUCGCUGGGUCACACUGGGACACCUCUGAGUUACGAACACCUUUGUUCACGCAGUGGGAAGAGGGGCAUAGAGGGCUGUGCUGGGUGAGUCUCCGCUGGGACUGAAGUUGGCCACAAGUGUAGUGGUUGAACAUCCAGGAGCUUGGCUACCUGUCUUACUCCUCGAAGGACGGGUGGAUCUCUGGGUUCCUGUCCUUCAGGAAGAUGUCAGUUGUUAGCUGUGCUGUUCGAAGAGGCCAGAGUUUAUUUCCAGCCUGGGGAAGUAGUGACCCUCUUAGCUGAAUUCUUCUGCAAGCUGCCAUGUGUCUGUCCCCGGCUUCUCAGGUGUGCUGGUAUCUGUCUGGUGCAAGUCAGUUCUUUUUCAGGAAAGGUCUAGCCAGAGAGUCAGAGAUGAGAGAGACCCUUCACGCUCUCGUGGUUGACACGGACUCGGAGACAUGCUGGGACCAGUGGCAGAUAACUUUACAUCUCUGCCUCAGUUUCCCUGUCUGUAAAAUUGGAGAAUAAUACUUGCCUACCUACCUCACAGGGGUGUUGUGAGGAAUCCUUUAUGGUUUUCUGGGUUUUAUUUUUGUACAGAGCUUUUGAGCAUUAAAAACAGUAUACACGUGUAA